UUAGUGGAAAAGCUCAGACCCGACACAGAACGGAGGAUGCUACUUGGGACUGUCUUCCUUUCGUUUCAUGUCAACAUUUUCAUUUAACGUUAACGUUACGUUUACUUUCAAGUCAAGUAUUCAGAGGAAAAUUACUUUGACGGGACAUAUGAUUAGAUGGGCAUGUUGGCUUUGCAAAAAAAAAAAGAAAAUCAUGCAAACGGAAUAAUACUUUGCAAAUCACUUUGCCAAGCCUGCAAAAAAAGAUAGGACGAUGAGGCAGUCCAGUUAACAUAACAUCCAACAUUACCUUAAACUUGGCUACUAAUACAGCAAGACAGCCGACAAAUACCACUGUCCAAUGACACCCAUCACUGACAAUAUUUUUAGUCCGCCAACUUAAUCCCACUACAAAGAAAACAAUCUUGGGUGAAGGUUAGAUCAGACUUAAAAUAACCGACUGCGACUGAAACGACACCUGGGACCCCGUCUCAUUUUCCUCCCCGCAUAGUUAAUUUAAUUUAUCAUGAUCGUUUAGCUACCGUUAAAUUAUUGUAACGCAAGGAUAAAUGCACAGUCCGUCAGCUAGCUAUCGAUAUCAUAGCUACCCAUGAAGCCACCACCAGAAGCGGUAGCAUAAUAACGUUAACGUUACACCAAUCUGUCUCCACAAGCUGGUGUGUUCUUGAAAAUGCCCCUUUCCAUCCCUUUGCUUUCAGAGGAAAUGUUUUCCCCGGCUAAUUGUUAGCCAGACAUAACACAGGUGUCCAGGAUGAGCUGGAUCGGAACCUGCUGACUCCCCUGCGGAGGAGCGUGGGUCUCUGCCUGGCAGACUGCCCCCGCCGGCCGACCGACCCCUGACGCAGCGUCCCAGCCGCCCACCUCAACCCUCCGUCUCCACCCUACCUCCACCCCACCCAGGCCAACAUGCUGAUUAAGGAGUACCGGAUCCCCAUGCCGCUGAGCGUGGAGGAGUACCGCAUCGCCCAGCUCUACAUGAUCCAGAAGAAGAGUCGAGAAGAGACCUGUGGCGAGGGCAGCGGGGUGGAGAUCCUAGAGAACCGGCCGUAUGCGGAUGGUCCCGGCGGUGAGGGCCAGUACACGCACAAGGUGUACCACAUCGGCCAGCACAUCCCAGGCUGGUUCCGCUCCAUACUGCCCAAGGCAGCGCUGCGUGUCGAGGAGGAGUCCUGGAACGCCUACCCAUACACACGCACACGCUAUACGUGCCCAUUUGUGGAGAAGUUCUCCAUUGACAUUGAGACGCACUACAAGCCGGACACUGGGACCAAAGAGGAUGUCUUUAACCUGUCCUCGUCAGAGAAGCGCGAGAGAACCGUAGAUCCCAUAGACAUAGUGAAAGACUUUAUCGCCCCUCAUGAGUACUUGGCGGAGGAGGAUCCUCGCCUUUACACGUCGGAGAAGACGCUUCGGGGGCCACUGACGGACGACUGGAUCCAGCAGAUCGAGGACUACCCGGGCAAGAGUCCCGUCAUGUGCGCCUACAAGCUGUGCAAGGUGGAGUUCCGCUACUGGGGCAUGCAGUCCAAGAUCGAGCGCUUCAUCCACGAUGUGGGUCUGCGUAAGGUGAUGGUGCGCGCCCACAGGCAGGCGUGGUGCUGGCAGGACGAGUGGUACGGCCUGACCAUCGAGGACAUCCGGCAGCUGGAGCUGGAGACCCAGCUGGCACUCGCCGCCAAGAUGGCGCAGUACAGCUGCAAUGAGGAGGGGGGCGCCGGAGAGGCCAAGGGCACGGCUCCCACCCCCGACCAGCAGCCCGAGGACAAGCAGCCAAUCAGCACAACCGAGGCCGAGGAGUCAGGGCGUGGCUCGGUGGACACUCUGCAGGCCAAAGGGGAGCUGACCAAGCAGUGGUCCACCUCCUCGCGCUCCUCACGCUCCUCAAAGAGGGGGGCAGGAAGUCCGUCUCGCCACAGCCUAUCAGAAUGGCGCAUGCAGAGCAUAGCUCGAGACUCCGACGACAGCACAGACGAUGAAUUCUUUGAUGCCCCUGAGGGCUUCUCUGACAAUGAGGAGAUGUUCACCAAGGAGAUCACCAAGUGGAGCUCCAACGACAUGAUGGAUAAGAUUGAGACAACAGAUGCUGAUGAAUCGCAAGGUGAAUUGUAUCCAGAACCUGGGGGUGAUUUUGUUGAACCACCUAGUGUGGAAAGGAUCACUGAGGACGGCUCCUCUCAGCAGUGCUUGCAGCCCUCCAAGAUCCAUGUGCUCGUUCUGGUCCUCCACGGCGGGAACAUCCUGGACACUGGGGCCGGCGACCACACCAGUAAGCAGGGUGAUCUGAACACGCUCAACACGGCGUUUGAGACGGUCAUGCGCGUGCACUACCCGGCUGCGUUGGGUCGUAUCGCCCUGCGUCUCGUGCCCUGCCCACCCGUCUGCGCUGAGGCCUUCUCUCUCGUCUCCCACCUGAGUCCGUACAGCUAUGACGAGGGCUGCUUGUCCAACAGCCAGGACCACAUCCCCCUCGCCGCACUGCCUCUACUGGCCACCUCCGCCCCCCAGUACCAGGAGGCGGUUGCCACGGUGAUCACACGGGCCAACCAGGUGUACAGCGACUUUGUCAGGUCUGCCGAAGGAGCCUCCUUUUCUGGUCAGGUGUGUCUGAUUGGAGACUGCGUGGGGGGUAUCCUGGCGUUUGAUGCUCUGUGUAGCAGCAACGUGAGUGUGUGUGAGAGCCAGAGCAGCAGUAGACGGACCAGCAUCGUCAGUGUGCAGGACCAUGACCUGCUGUCUCCGGCUCUCCUGGUGAAUUCUGGGCCGUGUGGUUCCACUCUGGAGGGCAGUCGGCAUCUGAGCCGCAGCAACAUCGACAUCCCACGCUGCACUGGGGCUGAAGAACCACGGAAACAGUUGCCGCGGAAACGCAGCGACUCUUCCACCUAUGAGCUGGACACCAUCAAACAACACCAGGCCUUUCUGUCAAGUCUCCACUCCAGCGUGCUGCGUAACGACCCCGGCUCCCGUCGCUCAAGCAGCAGCACCAUGCUGGAGGGGGGCGCUCUGGGCAAGUUUGACUUUGAGGUGACGGACUUCUUCCUGUUCGGCUCCCCACUGGGCCUGGUUCUGGCCCUCAGGAAGACCGUGGUCCCAACGCUGGACGUGGGCCAUCUGCGGCCGGCCUGCCAGCAGGUGUACAACCUCUUCCACCCGGCCGACCCGUCGGCCUCGCGCCUGGAGCCCCUGCUGGAGAAGCGCUUCCACGUGCUGCCGCCCUUCAGCGUGCCACGCUACCAGCGCUUCCCUCUGGGGGACGGACUCUCCGCCCUGCUGGUGGAGACGGUCCAGAGCAGCCCGCAGCUGUUUUUGGACGGGGUGUGUGGCGCACCCCUGCGCUGCUCCGAAGCGGUCAGCGAGACCUCCAUCCCUGUGCCCGUGCUCAACUGGCACGCCCCGCCAGGCCCCGCUGAGUCAGACAUCGUUCACACGCACGGCGGGAUGUUCCUGGAGAGCUCCCACCCCCCGUCCCCAGUGGUGCUCUGUGCCACCCGUCCCCCGCGCCGGCCGAGCGAGGUCAGCAUCUGCAGUCAGGCUUCGGGCCACGCCGACAACUACAGUGCCACCAACAUGGCCAAUACCCAUUCAUGCCAACAACAAAGCCCGUCCAAAAAGCUUAGCCUGUUGACCCAGCUGGCCUUCCCGUACACUAGGCUCACCUCGCGGAGCCCUUCCCCUAAGCUUCGGCUCAAACUGCGGCCCUCUAAGGCCCCCGCAGACACGGAUGGGGGGGACUCGUCCCCCUUGGCCCCCUCAGAGAGAAGCAGCCCGCUGGGCUCGCAGAGCACCCUGCUGGGCUCCUGCCCCACGCUGCUGGGGUCCUGUCCCACCCCUCCAGCGAGUCGGCUGGACGUCGAACAAGUUGCAGGCCGGUGGUGGGGCACUAAGCGGGUAGACUUUGCCCUCUACUGCCCAGACGCGCUGACAGCAUUCCCCACAGUAGCCCUGCCACACCUUUUUCACGCCUCCUACUGGGAGUCCACAGAUGUGGUGUCCUUCCUGCUCAGACAGGUGAUGAGACAUGAGAGCUCCAGCAUUCUAGAGCUGGAUGGGAAAGAGGUGACCGAGUUCACCCCCUCCAAACCACGCGAGAAGUGGCUGAGGAAGAGGACCCAUGUCAAAAUUAGAAAUGUGACGGCUAACCACCGUGUGAAUGAUGCUGUGUUCACGGAAGACGGCCCUCAGGUGGUCACCGGACGCUUCAUGUAUGGCCCACUCGACAUGGUCACUCUCACUGGAGAGAAGGUGGACAUCCACAUUAUGAUGCAGCCUCCAUCAGGGGAUUGGGUGUACUUUGACAUGGAGCUGACCAAUAGCAGCGGCCGUAUCUCCUACAACAUUCCUGAGAGCAAGCGCCUCGGUAUCGGGGUUUACCCAGUCAAGAUGGUGGUCAGAGGAGACCACACGUCUGCGGACAGCUACCUGACCGUGCUGCCCAGAGGCACUGAGUUUGUGGUGUUCAGUAUCGACGGCUCCUUUGCCGCCAGCGUGUCCAUCAUGGGGAGUGACCCCAAGGUCCGUGCCGGGGCGGUGGACGUCGUCAGGCACUGGCAGGACCUGGGCUACAUGAUCGUGUAUGUGACCGGGCGGCCGGACAUGCAGAAGCAGCGCGUGGUGGCCUGGCUCUCGCAGCACAACUUCCCCCACGGCAUCGUGUCCUUCUGCGACGGCCUCGUGCACGACCCGCUGCGCCACAAAGGCAACUUCCUCAAAUCUCUUAUCUGUGAGGCUCACAUGAAGAUCUUUGCUGCAUACGGCUCCACUAAGGAUGUUUCUGUGUACGCCUCUAUUGGCCUGCCACCCUCAAACAUCUACAUAGUCGGACGACCCACCAAGAAGAUGCAGCACCAGUGCCAGUUCAUCUCAGAGGGCUACGCCACUCACCUGUCCCAGCUGGAGUACAGUCAGCGUUCACGGCCAGCCAAGACCAACAGCGCGCGCAUGGUCCUGCGCAAGAGCAGCUUCGGCCUGGGCGGCAGCGGCGACUUCCUGCGUAAGCGCAA